AUGGCGAGCCGCACCCUCGAGUCGCGCUUCGAGCGCAUGUCCGUCCAGGAUGAGAACGGCGAUGUGGCCAAGGCGUACUCGUCCUCCAAGUCCAAGCAGACUGUCGUCUCGUCGAGUUCAUCGCAGCUCCCACAGGGCAGCAGCCGCGCGAAUCUCUACAAGGUCGCACUCCAGUCGCAGAGCCAGAACACAGUCGCCUCAGUCACGCUGCCGUCACAAGCCGCUCAGCGCAAGGGCAAUCCCCCAGCAUCUCCUCCACGAAAGCCCCUACCAUCCAGCUCCUCUCGCACCUCACAAGACGAUGGCGAAGAGGCAGGUUCCGAGUCAGCCCUGGUAGCGCAGCCCGCGGUCCCCAAGCAAUUCCACCUAGGCAUGUUCGAGAUCGGACGGCCCUUGGGCAAGGGCAAGUUCGGUCGCGUGUACCUGGCCAGGGAGCGCACCAGCGGCUUCAUCUGCGCCCUGAAGGUGCUCCACAAGAGCGAGCUGCAGGUCGGCGGCGUCGAGCGCCAGGUCCGCCGCGAGAUUGAGAUCCAGAGCAACCUGCGGCACCCCAACAUCCUGCAGCUGUUUGGCCACUUCCACGACAGCAAGCGCGUCUUCCUGAUCCUCGAGUUCGCCGGCAAGGGAGAGCUGUACAAGCACCUCCGCCGCGAGAACCGCUUCCCCGAGUGGAAGGCGGCCCAGUACAUUGCCCAGAUGGCGUCGGCGCUGCGGUACCUCCACAGGAAGCACGUCAUCCACAGGGACAUCAAGCCCGAGAACAUCCUCGUCGGCAUCCACGGCGAGAUCAAGAUCUCAGACUUUGGCUGGAGCGUCCACGCGCCCAACAACCGGAGGAAGACGAUGUGCGGCACCCUCGAUUACCUCCCCCCGGAGAUGAUCAAGCCGGGCUCGUCAGACAACUACUACAACGAAAAGGUGGACCUCUGGAGUCUGGGAGUCUUGACGUACGAGUUUCUGGUGGGCGAGGCGCCGUUUGAGGAUACCCCGGUCAUGACGCAGCGGAGGAUUGCACGGGCAGACAUGUCGAUUCCGUCGUUUGUGAGCCCCGAGGCCAGCGACCUCAUCAAAAGGCUUUUGGUUCUGGAUCCCGAGAAGCGAAUCCCUCUCGAAGCCGUUCAGCAGCACCCUUGGAUCAUUAAGCAUUGUGUCAAGGGCGAGAGGGCAUCGAACCGUGAGAAGGCGUGA